GUUGGGGCAAAGAUAAUCUAACUAUAAUGAUCAACGAUGACAACACAGAAGACAUUGAAAGUUAUUCUUCAACCUUGCUUGAUGAUCCUGAAGCAGCACAGUAUGUAAAGGGUAUUGCUUAUCAUUGGUAUACCAGAAACUAUCCAUCGUCAUACCAAAUUUUAUCAAAAGUUCAUGAUAAAUAUCCUGAUUAUUUCAUAUUCUCAUCAGAAGCUGGUAAUGGAGGUGUUGCUUCUGAGCAUUUAGGUGAUUGGGGACGAGCCGAAUCUUAUGCCAUUGAUAUACUCGAAGGCUUACAGCACUGGUCAACUGGUUGGACUGAUUGGGCUUUAGCUGUUGAUACUGCUGGAGGACCUAAUUGGGCUAAAAAUUGGGUCGAUGCUACAAUAGUUGUGAAUGCAACAGCACAAGAGUAUUACAAGAAUCCAAUGUAUUAUGCAUUAGCACAUUUCACUAAAUUUUUACCAAUUGGAUCGACUCGCGUUGGAUCUAGUGUAGUAAAUGCUCCAGCAAAUGUUCAUACAACUUCGUUUAUAACUCCUGACAAUACUUUAGUAUUAAUCUUGUUAAACAUGGGCAAUGAUCAAAUUGAUUUGACAAUCAAUGGGUUUGCCAAAGUACCUGUUACAACUACACUUAAACCAAGAUCCAUUCGUAAUAUGCUUAUUGCAUUGAACUGAAAUGUUAAAUAAAUCAACAUGAAAUAACUGCAUAAA